AGCCCGCGCGCCGCCCCUUCCCCCGCCCGGUUCCCUCAGCUCGUCUCCCCCUGCCCAGCUACACUAGCAGGCUGGAGUCCCCGGCAGCAAGGCACGCAAUACACUGACAGCUGCGACUGAUACACCACCGAGGGGGGAAAGAUGGAGCACAGAGACGCCGACUUCAACAUAUUGCUAGCGACCGAUUCAUACAAGGUAACACAUUACAAACAGUACCCUCCGAACACGAGUAAAGUGUACUCGUACUUUGAGUGCCGUGAGAAGAGGACCGAUCCCACCAAAAGCAGAAAAGUAAAAUAUGACAAAACCGUCUUCUACGGCCUUCAGUACAUCCUCAACAAAUACCUAAAAGGAAAGGUAGUGACCCCAGCAAAGAUCCAGGAGGCGAAGGAGGUAUACAGAGAACACUUCCAGGAUGAUGUUUUCAACGAGAAGGGCUGGAAUUACAUUUUGGAGAAAUACAACGGACAUCUGCCUAUUGAAAUCAAGGCAGUGCCAGAGGGAAGCGUCAUUCCUCGAGGCAAUGUUCUGUUCACAGUGGAGAGCACAGACCCUGAAUGCUACUGGCUCACCAACUGGGUGGAGACCAUCCUAGUUCAGAUCUGGUACCCCAUCACUGUGGCGACCAACUCCAGAGAGCAGAAGAAGAUCCUGGCCAAGUACCUCCUGGAGACUUCUGGGAACUUGGAGGGACUAGAGUAUAAACUACAUGACUUUGGCUACAGGGGCGUCUCCUCACAAGAGACUGCGGGCAUCGGGGCCUCCGCCCAUCUGGUCAAUUUCAAGGGCACGGACACGGUGGCUGGCAUCGGAGUCAUUAAGAAGUACUAUGGCACCAAGGACCCCGUGCCAGGCUUCUCAGUGCCUGCUGCAGAGCACAGUACCAUCACAGCCUGGGGAAAAGACCAUGAAAAAGACGCCUUUGAGCACAUCAUCAAGCAGUUCCCCAAUGUGCCCGUCUCCAUCGUCAGCGACAGCUACGACAUCUACAACGCCUGCGAGAAGAUCUGGGGAGAAGACCUGCGGUCGCUGAUCGAGGCGCGCAGUGCAGACGCUCCGCUGGUGGUCCGACCGGACUCAGGAAACCCGCUCGAUACGGUUCUGAAGGUUUUGGAGAUCCUGGGUAAGAAGUUUAAUCCAGUGGAGAACAGCAAAGGUUUUAAGGUUCUCCCUCCUUACAUCAGAGUCAUUCAAGGAGACGGAGUUGAUAUCAACACACUGCAAGAGAUAGUGGAGGGUAUGAAGCAACACAAGUGGUCCAUUGAAAACAUUGCCUUCGGGUCUGGAGGCGCACUGCUGCAGAAACUGACCAGAGAUCUGCUCAACUGCUCAUUCAAAUGCAGCUACGUGGUCACUAACGGACUGGGGGUGAAUGUGUUCAAGGAUCCAGUGGCAGACCCCAAUAAGAGGUCAAAGAAAGGCCGCCUGUCUCUGCACCGGACGCAGAGUGGAGACUUUGUCACCCUGGAGGAGGGCAAGGGCGACCUGGAGGAGUAUGGCGUGGACCUACUGCACACAGUCUUUCAAAACGGGAAGAUUGUGAAGACGUACACAUUCGACGAAGUCAGAGACAAUGCUAAGCUCAAAGAGAGCGAGCUUGAAGUAGUGCUGGACUGAGCACUACUAUACUCCCACCCUCCAACCCCAAAACCAAUCCCCUCCUCUCUCCCUUCCCCUCAACCCCUUCACCUUUUGGCCUCCGACGCCACCUCCAAAAAAAAAACGGAGGCGGCGUGCACUGCUAAUAGAUCCCCACUCCCAAAGCUUGAGAAACGUCCCCCGUAAAAAUCUUUGAUUCCCUUAAAAAUUCACGGAUCUUCACCCUCUGUUCCAAAAAACGCCAUUGUUGGUUCUCCAACAGAUUCGGGGGGAGGGGAAUUUGGAAACUCACACACCACUGAUGAACGGCGAACACCCCAUGAGUGUGAGGAAAAAGAGAAGCAAAUGUGUGAGAGGUACAGUAAGAGUCAAGAAUGACAGGCAUGUAGAUAGAAGUUGCGAUUAUGAUGGUUUAAAAAAACGUUCACUCCCAUGUGCCGCCGGCCCCAAAUUGUACUUUCGGCAUGUUGCACUGAUAGGCUCGACAUAUUGCAACGUAAGAAUGUGAUUGGCUGCUGAUAGGCAAUGUGUCAGCAGACUUUUCCAUGCCGACGCAAAAGCUGAAAAAGAUGAUUGUGAAUAAGCUCGUGGCGGCCAUGUGGCGAGUGAACGCAGUCAAAGUGAGAAUGAUGACAGAAAGAAAUAUGAAGCCACACCCACACCAAUGACCGCGCCCCGUGUAUUGUGUACAGAACUGUUUAGAAAAAAAUACAUGUCUGAAUCUACUUAGCUUUGUCUUUUAUGUGAAGGAAGAAAAACGAUGAUCAUGGUAUAUAAACGGUGCACUGAUAACAUUGACUGAUCGCAGCUUCUAUGUUGCUUCGACCUGGAAACAGAAGAUAACAUACACUGAAUUACGGGCGAUGAAGGAAGUCAUUUUCCUCAGUUUUCUUGCUUUGAAUCAGUCGUCACGGCCCCGAUUAUAAAAGGCCGUCAUCUAUCAAGUACUACCUGAAUAUUUUCUACUCUUUACUCUGCCAAAUAAAAUGUUAUGGGUGCAUCUUUGAAGCUAUAUAAAAUGAUCAUCUGCUUGCCAUUAUGUUGGUCACAGAGCGUUCACAUCAUGAAGGUCCAAUCAUACCACAAAAUCACAAUUUCUGUGCAUGGAGGGGAGGAUUUCGCUACUCAAAGUUAUGUUUUUUUUUUAAAUUUUCAGACAAAUGUGCAAACAUUGGAUUAUACUGCUCCGGCAUUUGUGAAAAUAACGAAUGAGAACGAAAAGCUUAUUUUCCAAUUUAACUUUCCAGUGUUGUCAGAGCUCAAAACUCAACUGACGAGAUUUUUAGAUUGACUCUUCAUGAUGAUGAAUGCUUUGGAAACCAGUCUUUGCUGUAUAAGACCAAGAGUUGAUGUAAAAAAAAGAAAAAAAAAGAAACUACAUCACAGAAAUUGUCUUCACUGGAAUGAAGAUCUAUGUGUUCAUGAAAGAUUAUGUGCCGUGUGUGUGCUUGGAUCUGUGUGGUUGUGUGUGAGUGUGUUCGCUGAGAUUUUCUUCCUUUUAAAGGAUCGUGUAGUAUUCCUUUAUGCAAAUGUACUUGUUGAUCGGGGAAAUAGAGAACACUCUUCCUUUUACUUUGCCGGCCCAUUUAUUCUGAAAGGAGACACAGCGUUGUGACAAACAGUAGUGAGUGUGUUUUUGUUUUUGUUUUGGCUAAUGUAAAAGCAACAAAGAGGUAGAAAAGUGAGACUCUGGAUCAGGGAUAGCUUUCUGACGGCCAUGCUUUGGCAGUUGUUGGCGCACAGCUGCUGUUCAGCUAAACGUUGCCCUUGGUAUCACUGCCUUAACUCGUGAAAAGCAGGGAAACUUCAACAGCUGUGUUUCUGGGAAAAGCGUAACCGUGCCCGGUGAUGUUUGGAUUCAUUGCCCAGGUUGAAAUGGGAUCUUGCUGAAAAUGCCUUGUGGAAUUACUUAUCUUCCCAUUCAGAGCAUCCCAGUGGAGCGUCACUGCUGUUUGCAGGUGUGUUUGGUCACAUUGCUGAGUUGGCCCCUUUCAGAGUGGAGGGAUUUUUCUGUCGCUAGAGCUAGCGGGGGGGUUUAAGAGGAGCUAGGAGCUGGUGACAUCACAGGGCACAAAUAGUUGGUCGAGACCAGAAACAAAAAAGUGUUCCUCCCAUCGAUGGAAACUCUAAGGUGACAUCAAUCUGAUCUGAAAUAUGGCUGGUGUAUGCCGAGUGCUUUCUGGAGUACAACCAGUAGCUGAAACCAAGGAACCAAUGCAUAUUUUAACAGUUUUGCUCACUUUUCUCCAAACCCGAUACUUAUUUGUUGUCGCUUUACAGCACUGAUGUAGAGUCGUAGAGCUCCAGGUGCCCAGAGACUGCAAGGAUCAUUUUGUCCUCCAUUUCCGAUUCCCCGUGAUGUCGGGAGAAACUCAGUGCUGUUUGGCUUUUUUUGUGCCAUAGCAUGGCUCAAUUAAAUGUCUUUUGCUCAAGUUAAACCACUUCCACUCGCCUGGUGCAAAUUAGCGUCUUUCCAUUGAUUUUAUAUGUACGGUAGUUGUGAAAAUGUUGCUUCAAAUAUGUCUUCACAGAUGGUUAAUGUGUCUCAUGCUAUUUUUGUACAACCAAAGUCCUGCAAAACUAACAACAUUCCUCCUAACUUCAACUGUAUUUUGUGUGUUUUGGGCUAAUGAGCCAGUGUUAACUUGCUAUCACACCAAUAAUUAAAACGAGGAACAUGAUAAAUAUCAUUAGGCUUUAGCAUUGAGCUCAAACAUAUAUUGUGUCUUUAAUUGGAUACUUCAACACUGAUUCCAAAAAUACUUCCACUGCUGUCUAAAACUUAAUCAACACAAAAUGUGAUAAUUUGCUUAUUCUUUGACAUAUUCAAGCAAAAAGGCAAUAUAUAACCAUCUGUUUUUGUAAAUGAACUCUCUGAUUUCUUCCUCUUCUUAAUGAUAACCGGAUGGAGAGUUACCGCCAACGCUUGACCAUGAUUGUUGCCCGCUAGACUAUCUGCUGGCUUGUUUGCUUGUUUUGCUCACUUGAUAAUUAUCAAAACUGAAUAAAAAUGGACGUGAUUUUACUUUUACUUUACUUACUCAUGUGUGUUCACCAGAAGAGUUUGAUAGUGCUUCCCCUCAAUAGAAAUCAAGAUAGUGUCCAUUGAGUGCACCACCCAGGUACUCAUGUUGCACUUUUCUCUCAAAAUAUCAACUGUAAAUGUAGAAAUAUGUGAAUUAAGACACAUUAACUGUCUAUCAGAGCUGCUUGCAUAGCUAUAAAGUGUUUAAAACUCUGGGUAAUUGUUUAUUUCAUGCCUGCAAACUCUUUCAGACAUUAAUUCGGCCGCUUAACAUAUUCUCACCUUGGGAGCUGCACACUGCUGCCACAGUCUGCUAAGUGUCUUCACUCGAACUAUCACCUUCACUGAUUUUAUUCACGUUCUCCGGGGACACCGACCCUGCUAGUUUUCUGUGAUUUUUUUCGGAAAGACCUUGGAAAAGAACCCUGUGAUGUCACUGACUCCCAUCUCUCGCCUCCCGGCUCAAACACAGACACGCUGGUGAACAACACUAGCUAAAAACAACACUGUUUUCUUUAAUUUCCUACUGAAUUUUUUUCUGUUUCUUUUAGCUGCCACCACUGUCUGAUCAUCUGUUAUCCAGUUCUGGAGCAACAACGCAACACACCUUUUUCUUUUCCAAUUAUGUGGUGCAUUUUAGUAAAACUCUGAUUUUACUAUUUUGAUACUGUCUCGGUUCUUACCUCAGAGAAAUAUUAUUAUUUUGUAUGACAAAGGAGAAAAAAAUGCCAGAAAUAUUGCAGUAAAUAUCCUUAUUUACAAACGAUGCGGCCAUACUGCCUUCUCACUUGUACAUACAACAACUAGUUUGACUGAAAGCAGAGAGGCAGGUUAGGGAGACGACCACACUAGAUAAUAUUAUUAUUAUUUUUGUCAGAACAAGUGUUUUUGUACCAACAGAAGAAUAUCCAAACCUGCUUGACUGAACUGGCAGUGUGACUGUUUUUUGUGACUGCCGAGCUUUUAGCUUCUGUUUGUGUGUGUGUGUGGAUGCCUUGUGUGUGUAACGGAUGACAAACUGUUUGUGAAUACUUUUUUUUCUUUCUGUUGUUGUUGUUUUAUUCGUAUGUAUAUGUUGGUUGUCCCGAAAUUCUCUCCCAACACAACUGAUAUUUUAACUAACAUAACUUGCUAUAUUGUCAACAAUACAUUGAUUAAAGAUGCCACCCAGUCAGUUUGCAAUGGUUGAUUUAUUUUGUGUAGGACUGAUGUGAAAUAUUGUUUCACUGUUUAGUGUUAAGGUUUUCAGUUCAAAUGCUUUGUGUCAGGGUCUUUAUCUGGCAAAAUGGGGCUCAAAACAUAGAAAAAACUCUACAAAAAUGGUAAAGUAAAACCCAAAUGACGUGGAGGUAACAUUUUAUUUUGGUAAUUUGGCAAAAACAAUUAUAGGAAAUAUCCUCAAAAUAUGUGCUCCAUAUUAAAAUCCAAGUAAAUAGUUCAUUAUUCAUUUACUGUAUUUAUUGGAAGUUUUAUUUUUCAUAUUGUCUGUUUUGGCAAAUUUCACACAUUUGCAUGUUAAGCUGACUAGUUGCUGUGAUCCAACAAAGACUCUGUAGAUGAGGCUGGCAGUUAAUUGACAUUAAUAAAUUGGAAGUGUAUUGAUUUGA